AUGUACUCGCGACGCCUUGUGUCACGCCUGUCGACCUUGAGCACCUCAAACCUGACACGCCCUCUGUCGACAAGCGUCGUCGCCGCUGCUCCCAAGAGAGCACCUUCGCUUUCCGAUGUCGAGCCUAACAAGGGCCAGCUGUUCGAUCAGAAAUCACAACAGUUCCGCGACGACCUAGCUGCUGCUCAGAAGAAGCGUGAGCAAGAAGAGAAAUCCAAAGCACUCAACCAGCCAGAAGAUGGCAAGAAGACCGGCCGUCUCUCCAACCUCCUCUACGGUACCCAAGAGGGCCGUGAGAUGGACAAGGAAAUUGAGCGCAGUUUCAGUCAAGUCCUUGCCCGUGGCAAAUACGUUCACAGUAUCGUUUUGCACGAAGUCAAGCCCGACAAGGUCGAUGAGUACGUCGAGCUUGUCGGUACUUGGUACCCUCGCAUGGCCAACAUGCCCGAGAAUAAGGUUCAUCUGGUCGGAAGUUGGCGAACAGAGGUUGGCGACUGUGAUACCUUCGUUCACAUCUGGGAGUACCAACGUUACGAGGGAUACCACGCUUCCCUGCACGCCAUCCAGCACCACCCCGACUUCCCCGAGUUCGACCGCAAGCUUAAGUCCCUGAUAAACUCGAAAAAGACAUCGUUGAUGCAGGAGUUCUCGUUCUGGCCCACAACUGCUCCUCGCAAGCUUGGUGGAGUUUUCGAGCUCCGCUCAUACACCUUGCACCCCGGUAACCUCUUGGAGUGGGAGACCCAUUGGCGCACUGGUCUGCGUGCCAGAAAAGAGGUUAUGGAAGGCGUGGGUGCCUGGUUCGUCCAGAUCGGAGACUUGAACACCGUCCACCACCUCUGGCAAUUCGCCGACCUCGAAGAAAGACGCUCGCGCAGAGAGCAGAGCUGGAGCGUAUCUGGCUGGGGUGAGACAGUACACAAGACUGUCCCCUUGAUUCAGAGCAUGAAGAGCAGAAUCUUGGUGCCCAUGCCAUGGAGCCCCGUAGCAUAG